AUGUCGUCAAAAGUCGUUGUGCUCACAACUGGUGGGACAAUCGACAAGGAAUACCCUCGUUCUUUGGGUGGAUACGCCUUCGAAUUCGGGAUUGAAACCGCUGCCGAGAGAAUCGCGAAACGAGCAAAAGCAAAACUCAACGUAGAAAAAGUCUGCGCCCUGGACUCACAGGACGUGACCGAUUCUGAGCGAGAAAUUCUCUUGUCAAAGAUUCUUCAGUCAGAAAACACUAACUUUGUCAUCACUCAUGGGACCGAUACACUCAUUGAAACUGCUCAAUUCUUGAAGAAACAUGUUCCUUCUGGAACUAUCGUUCUCAUUGGCGCGAAACUUCCUGAAGUCUUCAAGGAUUCCGAUGCAGAUUUCAACCUUGGAUUUGCAAUCGGCUACGCUCAAGCCUCGCCCUCAAAGUGCCCAGCCCAAGUGAGAAUCGCCUUCAACGGGGAAACCUUCGAUCCCGAACAAGUUUGCCGAAGCGAUGACGGGAGUUUCUCUACGGAACGUUACUUCGACAAUCCAAGAAGCUUCACUUUUGAAAUGAGAUCUUUGAUGAAUACAACAUUUUUGUUUGCUUUUAUCGUUUCUUCAACUUGUCUUGUGGAAGGCAGGCACACAUGGACCCACCCGUUCUUUAUGCGAAGUCAACGGGGCUUCCCAGCUCACGAUUUCGCGAACUACGCAUCCGAUCCAGAAGCUUUCUGGGCGCUUGGUGCCUCGCCAAAUUACCUUGAUAUCCCGGACUACAAGAAGUAG